CGGUGGUUAGUCCCAUCUAAAACACGAAUAGGAAGAGGAAAGGGGACAUUGGGACAAAUAAUAUUUUGAAUUCGCCAUUCCUAAUGUAUAAUUGUCUGUUUGCUUGUGGUUAAGCAUGUGCCCGAGCACGAACAUGGUUUGUAAACACGGCGGGAGUGAAGGGAAAAGCGCCACAGCGACACGGGCAGAGCUGCGGCGGGUCAGCGAUCAGCAGCACAAGACGUCCCCGUCCUGCUGACAUUUUCUAUCCCGACACGGCGCACCGAAACCGUGCAUUUGAUCGCGGAGAUGCCAGGGAUGAUGGACAAAGGAUCGGAAUAUUUGGGGAAAGGCCGCGCGAACGGCACCAAGAGUCCGUCCAACGCCUCUAACGGACAUUUUUCCGACGAGAGCGGCAGCGACGACGAGCACGAUGUGGGGAUGCGAGUCGGGGCGGACUACCAGGCGGCCAUCCCCGAGUAUGAGCCAGGUUCCACCAAGUACACAGACAAAGACAGUGGAGGGAUGCUGGUCUGGUCUCCGUAUCACACGAUUGUCGACUCCAAACUGGACGAAUACAUCGCCAUCGCCAAGGAGAAACACGGAUACAACGUGGAGCAGGCUCUCGGCAUGCUGUUCUGGCACAAACACAACAUCGAGAAGUCUCUGGCCGACCUGCCCAACUUCACGCCGUUCCCAGACGAGUGGACGGUGGAGGACAAGGUGCUGUUUGAGCAGGCCUUCAGCUUCCACGGCAAGAGCUUCCACCGCAUCCAGCAGAUGCUCCCAGACAAAUCCAUCUCCAGUCUGGUGAAGUAUUAUUACUCCUGGAAGAAGACUCGCUCCAGAACAAGUCUGAUGGACCGACAGGCUCGCAAACUGGCCAGCAGGAGCAACCAGGACGACAGUGAUGAGGAGAUGGAGGAGGCCCCUCCCAUUGAACCAAACGACAGUGACUAUGACCCCAACAAGGAGGCCAAGAAGGAGAACCAGGUGGAACCGCCCCCUCCGGGCUCCAAAGUGGCGUUGGGUCGUCGCGAGCACCAGACGCUGCAACAUCGACACCACCAGCGCUCCCGCUGCCGCCCCCCAAAGGGCAUGUACCUCACCCAGGAGGACGUGGUGGCCGUGUCCUGCAGCUCCUCCGCCGCCAACACGCUCCUCCGCCAGCUGGACAUGGAGCUGGUGUCCCUCAAGAGACAGGUCCAGAAUGCCAAACAGAUGAACAGUGGACUGAAACACGUGUUGGAGGCGGGAAUCGAUGACCUCAGACUGUCGGAGUCUAACCAGAAGGUGAACGCACGCUGGACCACAGACGAGCAGCUCCUGGCUGUUCAAGGGGUCCGAAAAUACGGCAAAGACUUCCAGGCCAUCGCCGACGUCAUCGGCAACAAGACGGUGGGACAGGUGAAGAACUUCUUCGUGAACUACCGGCGGCGAUUCAACCUGGAGGAGGUGCUGCAGGAGUGGGAGGCGGAGCAGGGCACCCCGGCUCCAAACGGCGACAGCAUCAUGUCUGGAGAGGAAGGCAAAAACAGCUCCACCACUCCGUCAGGAAAAAGCACCGACGAGGAGGACGAAGAGGGCCAGGUCACCUCCUCCGGUGCGUCUCCUGCUGCCUCCUCCUCUUCAGCUCAGACUCCCGUCACCUCCAACGCCUUAUCGUCCUCGCUCCACCAGCCCCCUCCUCUCCUGAGGCCGUCCCUGCCGGCGACGCCCUCCCUCCACCGCCAGCCCCCUCCCCUACAACAGCAGGCGCGCUUUUUACAGCCCCGCCCCACACUGCAGCAGCCCCCGCCUCUCAUCCGGCCCUCCAACCCAAUGCCGCCCCGCCUCAACCCGCGCCCCGCUCCGGUGACCCUCGGCAGCAGCCCUGGAGGGUCGGGGCCAAGCUCCGCCCAGCAGCCAUCUGGCCUGGCCGCCCUGCAGUCGGACACAUCUUCCUCCUCCUCCUCUUCCUCCC